AUGCAGACGGACGGCGACAUCACCAGCAACGGCACCAGCACGAGCUCCGCGGAAGACGACACGGAGGGGGCAGCGGGCAGGAUGGACACUUCCAGGACGGUGCCAAGUGAGCAACCGGACAGCAGUAGCCAGCAGCAGCAGCAGAGAGCCCCGCAGACGUCCUCGGCAUCGUACGGCGUGCUCGAUAAACUGUUUGGGAAGCGUCUGCUGCAGGCCCGGCAUUACAUCAUGUCCCGCAAGUCCUGGCUCAAGAUGGUGCCCACCGAGAACUGUGACAUCCUCAUGACCUUCCCAGAUAGUAUUGACGACCACACGCUGCUGUGGUUGUUGAAUCAGAUCCGAGUGGGCGUCCCUCAGGUCAACAUCCAGGUCCGACAGCACAAGCACACGCAGGCCAACGCCUUCUUCAUCACCACCUCCUUUGAGAACCUGCUGAGGGGGGCCGAGCAGAUGGGCAUGCACAAGGCCGUCAAGCCCCAGUUUGGAGGAGGCAUGAGGCGCUUCUCCUGUGACGAGGACAACAUCUAUGAGAACAUCGACAGUGAGCUCUGCUUCUUCACCUCGCAGGAACGUCAGAGCAUCAUCAAAUACUGGCUGGACAACCUCAGAGCGAAGCAGGGGGAGGUGCUUCACAACAUCAACUUCCUGGAGGGACAGCCAAUCAUCCCAGAGCUUGUGGCCAGAGGAGUGAUCCACCAAAUGUUCCCGCUUCAUGAGCAGAGGAUCCUGAACCAGCUCAUGACGUCCUGGGUCCAAGCGGUCUGCGAGCGCCAGCCUUUAGAUGACAUCUGUGAUUACUUUGGGGUGAAGAUCUCCAUGUAUUUUGCCUGGUUGGGCUUCUACACCAACUCCAUGCUGUACCCCGCCGUCAUCGGCUUCCUGUUGUGGAUCCUGGCUGAGGCCGACCAGACGAGCCAGGACAUCUGCUGCGUGGUCUUCGCCUUGUUCAAUGUGGUAUGGGCCACGUUGUUCCUAGAGAGGUGGAAGAGGAGGGAGGCGGAGCUGGCCUACAGGUGGGGGACCCUGGACACCCCCGCCGAGUCCCUGGAGGAGCCGCGACCACAGUUCAGGGGGGUGAAACGCUGCAGCCCCAUCACAGGCUGUGAGGAGUUUUACUACCCUCCCUGGAAGAGGGCGCUGUUCCAGUGGCUGGUCAGCCUGCCCAUCUGCCUCCUCUGCCUCUGCUUUGUCUUCCUCGCUAUGCUGCUCUGUCUGGAGCUACAGGAGGUAGUGAUGGAGAUCCAGGAGCUGCCGAGCAUCACCAGAUUCAUCCCCAAAAUCCUGCUGGCCAUCACUGUGACCAUCUGUGAUGAGGUGUACAAGAAGAUCGCCUACUGGCUCAAUGACAUGGAGAACUACAGACUUCAGAGUGCCUACGAGAACAAUCUCAUCAUCAAGAUGGUUUUUUUUGAAUUCAUCAACUCAUAUUUGAGCCUUUUCUACAUCGCCUUCUACCUCAAAGACAUGGAGCGACUCAAAGAGAUGUUGGCCACGCUCCUGAUCUUCCGCCAGUUUCUCCAGAACAUCAAGGAGGUGCUGCAGCCCUACCUGUACGAGCAGAACAAGCUGGGCGUCUUCACCCCCAAAGUGCUGUGGGAGCUGUUCCAGGCCAUCGCGCUAAAGUACGGCCGCCUGGUGCUAGGAAAGGCCCAGGCUUCCAUCACGGCCUACUCCUUCCUGGGCCCCAAAGGCAUCAGCGUCAACCACAGCGAGAUACCAAAGCGCCGUGGGGAUCUGAAAGCUGGGUUCAGGCUGUCGGAGGAGGAGUGGGACCUGACGGAGAACGCACUGAAGAACCGAAAGGUGAGCUUCACAGAGAGAGUGGACUACCAGGCCUCCAGAGCAGAGGGGCGGGGCACGGAGGAGGAGCCAAGGGAGGACAGUCCAACCCUGGGGGACGAGGCCAUGGACGCGGCCUGUAUGUCUGACAGCUGUGACGAUGACAGUGAUGGUGAAGCGGCUGCUCAGGAGACCAAGGAGAAUGCCACAGUGUCAAAGACUUCAGAUCCAGCUUGUCAUAAACGGAAAAACACAGGGGACAAAGGAGAAAAGAAAAGCCCUGGGGAAAGAGGAGGAGAGAAGAAGUCCUGGAUGGAUCCCCCAGAGGAGCCCAAAACUGUGACCCUGACCCAGGCCGAAAUCGAGAGCUGCAUGCAGACAUAUGAGGACACACUGCAGGACUACCAGGAGAUGUUCAUCCAGUUCGGGUACGUGGUCCUGUUCUCCUCGGCAUUCCCGCUGGCCGCCAUGUGUGCGCUUAUCAACAACAUCAUCGAGAUUCGCUCUGACGCCCUGAAACUGUGUACAGGGCUGCAGAGGCCCUUCGGACAGAGGGUGGAGAACAUCGGACAGUGGCAGACAGCAAUGGAGGCCAUGGGUCUGAUCGCCAUCAUAGUGAACUGUUACCUGAUUGGUCAGUGUGGGCAGCUGCAGAGGCUCUUCCCCUGGCUCAGCCCUGAGAUGACCAUCAUCUCCAUUGUCCUGCUCGAGCACUUUGCCAUCCUGCUGAAGUAUGUGAUCCAUGUGGCCAUCCCAGAUAUUCCGGGCUGGGUGGCGGACGAGAUGGCCAAGCUGGAAUACCGGCGCAGGGAGGCCUUCAAGAAACACGAGCUCCAGGCACAGCAGCACUUCCAGCAGCAACUCCGACGCCGGCGCGAGGAGGAGGAGCUUCAGCGGCAGGCGGAGCUCCAGGCCGAAGCCCGCGCCCACGACUCCGACUGCCCCCGAAACGACCCCUCUCACCCCCACCACCACGACAAGAGCGCAGGGGGCAAAUCCGGAGACAAGCCCAAGAGACCCAGCUCCCUCCUGGGGAACAACAACGUCAUGAAACUAAAGCAGAUUAUCCCACUGCAGGGCAAAUUCUCAUCGGGCGGCUCCAAGUCUCCCGCCCAGUCACCGACGGGAGGUGAGGCUAAGCUACCGGGGUUUCUGAAGUUUCUCAAAUCUCCAGAAGUGAAGAAAGAGCCAGCGGUGGCGUCGACGACAACAACAGCAGCAACGGGGGCGUGUCCAAGUUCCUCAGCCAGUUCAACAGUUCCCUCAUCCAACCAGGAGAGGUCGCAGUCUCCCAAUAGGACAUUUAGCCCGGGGAAACUGUUUAGCUUUAGCAAGUCGGAGGGGAGCGUGGUGUGCGCUAAUGGGGGGACACAAGCGCAGGUACAGAGCGGGACUCAAGAGGAGCUGCCGUCGAAUGAGUCGGACAGAGGAGCAGAGACGGACAGCGCUGGGACUAAAAGUUAAUAUAAGCUUCCUCGUGCGAGCGCUUGAACUUUAAGAGACACUUUGGAUGCAAAUGUUCUCACCACACAGACAGAGCAGCA